CCGUCUGCGUCACGUGUUGGCCCGCCGCGUUCGUCUGGGGGAGUGGCUCUGCCAGCGCUGGGACCGGAAGGGAGGCGGCGGUCGCGCCAUUCUUAAAGGGACCAGAGGGGGAGGCGAGAGGCUGCUGACGGCCGGAAGGAAAAUGAGUGAGUCUUUGGUGGUUUGUGACGUUGCUGAGGACUUAGUGGAGAAGCUGAGAAAGUUUCGUUUUCGCAGAGAAACAAACAAUGCUGCCAUUAUAAUGAAGAUUGAUAAGGAUAAACGCCUGGUGGUACUGGAUGAAGAGCUUGAGGGCAUUUCACCUGAUGAACUUAAAGAUGAACUACCUGAACGACAACCUCGAACCUUCAUUGUAUAUAGUUAUAAGUAUCAACAUGAUGAUGGAAGAGUUUCCUAUCCUCUGUGCUUUAUUUUCUCCAGUCCUGUUGGAUGUAAGCCUGAACAACAGAUGAUGUAUGCUGGGAGUAAGAAUAAGCUUGUCCAAACAGCUGAACUAACCAAGGUAUUUGAAAUAAGAAAUACUGAAGACCUAACUGAAGAAUGGUUACGUGAGAAACUUGGAUUUUUCCACUAAUGUGAACUUCUGUGUUUCUAAAGUAUUUAUGUAUUAAACUGACCAUACUGGAACCAGACAUAAAUACUUAUUUAUGCCUAAAAAUGCACUGUUACUUACAGUUUUUUUCCUGCAGUAAAGACAAAUUCUUAAUUUGUUCAAAGUUGAACAAAGAGGAAAUCAUCUUCAUAGUAAUGAAACUUUGUAAAGUGUUUCCUUAUAUUUGUAAUUGUUAGGUGGACUACUUCUUUCCAGGGACUUUUUGCACUCUUGUGACUAAUUUCUAUACCUUUUGGUUCAGAGUUUGUUACUAUUUGCAGACACCAUUGGAAAGUGGGUAUUAGAUUGUGAUAGACAACAGUUGCCUCCUUUUGACAGAUACUGGAUAUUAGCAGUUUAUAUAUGAAAGUAGCAUAUUAUCACUUGUCAAAUUUUUGAAAUUACUUUGGGGUAAAGUACUUGAGUGACCCAAUUUGAGCCAUGAAUAAUAAUUUACUGUGUGUGUAACUUACAUUUUAGUUCAUCAAUUCCAUGCCUUUUUUGAUUUCCUGUAUCUAAUCAAGUCCAGAAAUUUUCUUCAUCAAUUGCUCAUUCUUAAGGUAUGGGAAUUAGAUUUCAUAAUGAAGUUAUGACUGCUAGGUUUUCUUUUUAUGGAAAAUAGCAUCUUAAUUUUAGAAAUGAUGGAUUAUAACUAAAUAAGGGCUUAUUCCUGGUUGUGUCAUUUCUAGAUAAUUUCAAUCUAGGUUAAUAAUACUUUAUUUAUAAAGCUCCUCUUACUAUUGUCCUAUGAACACUAGUUAUUUUAAAUGUGUUGAUACUGUGCCUUUUAUUUGUUAGCUUUAAAGUUAGUUUAAGACUUUUACACUGUCAGUAUUCCAGAUUUGGUGAAAUUAAUACUUUUGUAAAGGGUCCAGUUAAAAAAAUUUUCUAAUGUGUGUAUCUGAAAUUUGUAAUAAAAUCAACUGAAUAGUUUUAAAAUUCCAACUAUCUUGCAUUGGUGAACAUAUGGCAGUUGAGAGUUAUAAUUCUGGCUAUGUUUGUGCUUAGUUUUGUGCCAUAGGGAACAAAAAAUUACUUAAAACCUUGGCCAUAAAUAAUAACAUUAACACAUCAGUAGAAACUGCAUCUUACAUCUUAUCAUCAGAUAUUCUAAAUUAGGCACCUGUCUUGCUAGAGGAAGGCAUUCUUGGCACAGUCCAAGGAUUCCAAUACACUGUGUACUUUAAAAGCAAACAUAAAUAACUGUGUUAACAUUCGUCUAAAGGUCUUGAAAUUAAAGACUAACCAGAUUUGAUGAGUGAAUUCUUAUACUGAGUAGCAAUCAUUUCAAAACUAGCAAAGGCAUUUUUAUGUUGGUUUAUUUUCCACUCAUAUGUUCUUUGCAAUUAUUUUUUUUGAGGUUUCCAUGCCAACUUUAAUAAAGAGAUGAAGAUAGUUGGAAUUUUCCUAAUACUGAAUAGAGCAUUUUCUGUUCCCAACACUGUUUGGCUUCACUAAUCUAGAAAAUAGGGAGCAAUGGGAAAUUAGUAAGAGAUGAGGAAGUGCUAGAGUUGGUAUUUGUUUUGGUAAUGAAUAGGAAGCUUUCUCCAUUCAGAUUGCCACAGAGUGAGAGAACUUUACCCAGGAAAUUUAGGAAUUCUUUAAGCAGCUAUUUUGAUAUUGGAAAAUAAUGCUUAUAACUGCAGAAAUGCAAAUGUAAUCCAAGUGACUGGAGUGUUUUUAAUGUUUUUGAAUGAAGGACAUGAGAUUUUGUUUUACCUGGUUCACAGCAAUAAGAGAAAAUUACUAGUUGCUACAAGAUUGUAUUUUUGAGUGAGAUUCCUUAUUUUGCUUGCAUGUUUUACUUUUUUUUUUAAUUUGAAAGUCCUUCAUAAUGACAUAUAGAGAGUUCUUUGCCCAGGGGCAAAGAAUUGUGUUAAACCGUACUUUUUUGGGCUUGUCUAACUCCUAAUCCUGUAUUUUGUAAGCCAAGAGAUAGAGAGGUUAGCGAUAAGUAGAAUUUUUUUAUCCCUAUGUUUUUUUACCCCUCUACAGGGAGAUUUACAAAUCCUAUACAUGAGUGUUUUCAGAUUUUUAUAUAUAACUUUCUUCUGCAUCUAGUCAAGUUUUGCAUUGUUUUCAACUGUAUUUCUUAUUUGAUCUCUUUUUCUGACUUCUUUCAAGUAAUAACUCCAAAGAUCAUAAUUCCAUUACUUACAUUCCUUAUAUUUCUGGUACAGCCAUUCCCAUUCAACCUUAAAUCAUAAUCUUCCCUUUUUUGACAGCAGCUGUUUUCCUGGGAAUCUCCUUCAUGGUCUCCUGAGUCAGCACUAGUUUUAAAAUCGUUGGCCUUGCAUAAGUUAUACAGUGCAUCUAAUGUGAAAAUAAAUCCAACUAGUAAUCACAGUAUGUUUUUAAUGGUUUUAUGGCAACAUAAAUGACAUAUGAAGACAAUUGUUCUCAGGUUAUUAUGCUGAAAUUCCAAAAUCUCAGAGUUUUCAAUAGUAUUUACUUUGUUUUUGGUAUUGAAGGAAUUAUAUUAGGAAAAAUUUGGUUGGUUGACUGUUUUUGUUUAAUUGACUUCUAAAAUAAAGGUACAAAUUGCCUAUUUCUAAAAAGUUUACUAAAUGCCUCAUGAAGUCAAAUACAUUUUUGUUUAAGAGGAUAGUGUUAAAUUUUUUAUUGUCACUGCUAAAUAAUCUUUGUAGCAAAAUGUCUGUCAGCACUUUUUUCUCCCUUUUUACCUCCUGUUUUCAGGAGUCAAGCGUAGCCAUAACUAUCCUCAUCCAACACUUGAACUAAAAUUUCCAGUUACAGGAGUUUAUUGCCAAAUUACAUUUGGCUGUCUGUAUUCCCUACCCAGAUACGUAAUAAUGAGGAGUAUAUAAAAUAACGUUUGGACUGCUUUUAAAACCCAAUGUCAUUAUUCCAUAAUGUGGACUAGUGAUGAGUAGAUAUUUUCAUAAGAAGGUAAAUGCUGAUAUUUGGUGGAAGUAGAGAGUAACUCGUAUUCUAUCAAUUCAGAUAUUCAUAGUAUGGUUGCUGUCCCUACUUGUUCUGAUAAUACUGGAAUCUACAGAAUGUGAGCCUUUAAAAUUUAUGUGAAGAAGCAUCUCAUACAUUUCUGGACAAAUCUUACUUUGUAUUUCUGGAAUAUUAUAAAUCUCCUAGGCUACUUAAUACCAGUGGUCCCACGUUGAAUAUUCUUGAGAAAUUGGGUUCCUAUUAUGCCAUUUAACAUUUUAAAUCAGUGAUCAUGUUCCUGUAAUAUUUAAAGUUCCAUUAUGGUUGUGAUAGAAGCUGUUUUCUUGCUUUUUUGAAUGUAAUUCAUCCACAUAUAUAAUUACUUGAAUGUUGUUUGGCAUCAAUAACAUGCCAAGACAGUUCCCAUUGAUUUAGAAGGUCCAAAAUUAUCUCAUACAGGAGGCUUGAAACAUUAAUGGUUUAGUCUUGUGAAUAUUAACAGUUCCCUGUCAUCAUUUAACAAGAUCAGCAACUGGCACAACUUCCCAAGCUGUGGUUUCAGUCUCUGCUAGUUCAUAUUGCAUGUUUAUUUUGGACAGUCUUCUGUUAAGCAUGGUGCUUGUAUUGGUUUAAAUAAAAUGUUAACAUGAAAGGAC